AUGAUAUUCAAGUUAUUUGUUCUACUAGUAUUAACCACAACAUUAAAUAAGGCUAACAGAACCGAGAUACGCUUAGGCUAUUUAGGCCCAUCUGAUUAUGUCAGAACUGGACUCUUCAACGUAGGUGAAAUUGGCGGUGCAGUCAGCGUCGCUGUUGAUGAUAUUAAUAAUAAUCCCAAUUUACUACCGAAUCAUUACUUAACGUUUGUCUACAACGAUAGUCGAUGUAAUGAUAAGAUUGGCUUACAAAUGAUCGAAUGGCAAAAACGAGUAUUAGGAGUGAAUGCGUUUAUUGGUCCAGCAUGUUCGGUUGUAUGCGAAGUUGCUGGAUUAUUAGCAUCCAAUUGGAAAUUGCCUAUCAUAUCUUAUGUCUCAACUGCAUCUGCUAUGUCCAAUCACGCUAAAUACGAUACAUUUGCACGGACUAAUGCUCCGCUUUCAUUAGCUGUUAAUGCCUUGCUUAAAGUCAUGGAUCGUUUUGGCUGGCGUCGAUUAGGGAUAUUACGAGAUUUUGGUGAAGGACGCGUUAUAUUUGGUCUUCUACAGUCGACAUUGGUUGCAAAACUUGAUGAUCCAUUAAAUAAUUAUACCUUAAGUCAGUCUUUAACAGUGGAUUUAGUUAAUGGCAAAGACAGCGAAAUCGAUAGUUGGUUAAAUCAAUUGCGUCAAAAAUCGAGAAAUGAUUUAGAGCCUUUUAUUAAGCAUGUAGGAAACGAAAAAUAA